ACCCAGACGUGGUCCAGCGGGGUCUGGCCCUUUUCUGCCUUCUGCACAGCGGUGGGCAUCGAGGACGGAAAAUCUCUGCUGAAGUCUUUUUGAGAAGUAAGGAAGCAAUCUUCUUCCUUCUUUCACCCUCCCGGCAAACGACUAGCUCUGGGUGUUCUCCAAUCCGCGCGAGGAAUUAGCAGCCAUGGGUAAAGGUACGGGAAGCUUCGGCAAGCGCCGGAACAAGACACACACGCUCUGCCGGCGAUGUGGGCGGCGAAGUUUCCACAUCCAGAAGUCGAAGUGCUCGGCAUGUGGAUAUCCUGCAGCACGGAUUCGCAAAUUUAACUGGAGUCAGAAGGCCAUUCGCAGGAAGACGACCGGGACAGGGAGGAUGCGCCACCUUCGGACCAUGCCCCGAAGGUUCAAGAACGGCUUUAGGGAAGGCACCCAGGCCGCUCCGAAGAAGAAGGUCGCCGCAGCAGCCGCUCAUUGAGUGCGUUGAGGGAGUUUUGGCCGAAGUGCAGUGAUGAUGUAAAGGGGGAGAGGCAGAGGGAGAGGUCUCGGAGUAGAGCGAGAUGUGCAGAGAUUUGCAGAGAUGCGCAGACGUCUUCGUCAUAGAAUGAGAGCCUAACUCGUCGUCGAUUCCAUUUUUUCCGCUCUCCGAGGUAUAAAAUAUGGGUGAGUUUGUUCCCGUUAUCAGGAGUAGGUUGAGGGUUCAAAUUCGUUUGUCCGCUCUCGACGUGACACGUUUGCAAGCGAAUUGAGAUCGGUGUCGUCACCGAAUCUUUCCGUCGGCUGACUCGAGUGGAGAUAGUGGGGGUGGGGGUGGAAGGAAGGAGGAUUGUUCGCGCUCUCGCUCGCUUUGAAGAGGCGACGCGGUGGACUUAUCAUCCUGUGAUGGGGACGUAAGAGUGGAGGAGGGAGGGGUGGUUGGUUUUUGACGACGAUCUUGUGGAUGGAACUAGUGAGAUGGGCUCUGAUUGAUCCGAAUGACAGCCGUCGAAGAUGCUGUGAGUUUUUUCAGUAAUUCAAUUCCAUUAGUCGUGUGCGGCAUCGAAAUCUUUGCACUUUCCGCGAAGAGAAAUUUUCUUCUUUGUAAUGUUUGUCGUCGAUUUGUGUGCCGCCGGUCUUUUUUUGUAUGCGUUUUUCGGGAUUUGGGGUUGCCUUUGGAAGACAUGCCUACCUCACCUCUCCCAGCCAAAGUUUUGGCCAAUUCUUCAAAAUUUGUCCCUCCUGUAAAAUUUAUACAACAUGGAACAACCCAAGUGCAGCAGCCGCCCAGUUGGUUGGGCGACAUAUUGGACGCCAGCGCAUUUGGGGGGCGGGGAUGGUCGCUGAGGGACUGGGUGUCACUGGAGUCUCCCGGCUUGGAAUGCCCCGCUCUGCCUUGCGUGUGUUUGUGGAGUGUGAUUAUAGCGCUGGCCAGCAGGGUAGGGCUUGCUUAUGCCUAGUCUGCACAACCUUUAUAAAUUUAAAAAAUCGAAGGAUAAGAAAAUCCCAGAGGAAGGACUGGUCGAGAACAGGACCUGUUCUGUAGGUCGUACUUUCUUUUGUAUCUACAAAUACAGAUGAUGGGUCAAAACAGGAUGAUGAGUGGAGAAUCCCACUGCAGAGCGCGGCUGCUGGGAGGGUGGGUGUUUUGGCGUCCGCCUGCCAUAGAUGAACCCAAUAGACCCACCGGCACUGCGCGCCAAGCUGUUCCGAGCCGCCAGCGGCGGACGUUUUUUCUUUCUUUGGCUGGCGCCGAGUUGAUUUGUUGUUUCCUUGUUUUUUUUUUUUGUUUUUUUAGUCGCAUUUUGUUUUUACUAUUAUUAGAUGCAUUUUGUGAAAGGCUGCGGCCAGGUGCUGGCGGUUAAAAAAACAGAAGCCCAGAGGAGGACUCGUCAAUGCGUCAGUUUUCUUUUCCAUAACUCUCUCUGUUCCUAUCCGACCUUCCCCCGAAUUGAACGCACUGUCAUUAUCACUAUAUCUAGAUCGAUAAUCGCUUCAAAUAAUAGACUACUAUAAUGACCGUACGUUCUAUUCCGGGUAAGUGACCGCAUCCGUUUUCUCUGUACACUCUCAAUGCAUCUGACCAUAAUUUCGUCCGGACCUAAGAGGCGUAUUAUUGGGAGCGGCAUUUCCUGUC